AGGUGUAGGAACAAUAUCCCAAGACUUUGGGAACAGAAUACACCAGCCGCAGAGGCAAGGCCAGCAUGUCACCUACCUUCAAACUCCAGAGUCACUUCAUUUUGAUCUUCCUGACGGCUCUAAGGGCGGAGAGCCGGUACCUAGAGCUGCGGGAAGCGGCAGACCACGACCCUUUCCUCCUCUUCGGCGCCAACCUGAAACGCGAGUUGGCCGGGGAGCAGCUGUACCGCCGAGCUCUGCGAUGCCUGGACAUGCUGAGCCUCCAAGGCCAGUUCACCUUUACCGCCGACCAGCCGCAGCUGCACUGCGCCGCCUUCUUCAUCAGCGAGCCGGAUGAGUUCAUCACCAUCCACUACGACCUGGUCUCCAUCGACUGUCAGGGAGGGGACUUCCUGAAGGUGUUUGAUGGUUGGAUUCUCAAGGGGGAGAAGUUCCCCAGUUCCCAGGAUCAUCCUCUACCUACAACUGAGCGGUACAUAGAUUUCUGUGAGAGUGGUUUUAGCAGAAGAAGCAUCAGAUCCUCCCAGAAUGUGGUCAUGAUCUUCUUCCGGGUCCAUGAACCAGGAAAUGGAUUCACAAUAACCAUAAAGACAGAUCCUAACCUCUUUCCCUGCAAUGUCAUCUCUCAGACCCCAAAUGGAAGGUUUACCUUGGUAGUUCCACAUCAGCAUCGAAACUGCAGCUUCUCCAUAAUUUAUCCUGUGGUGAUAAAAAUAUCUGAUCUCACCCUAGGACACUUAAAUGGUCUCCAGUUAAAGAAACCCUCAGCAGGUUGUGUGGGAAUAGGAGACUUUGUGGAGCUGCUGGGAGGAACUGGAUUGGACCCUUCCAAGAUGAUGCCUUUAGCCAAUCUCUGCUACCCCUUUCAUGGCCCUGCCCAAAUGAAAAUCGGCUGCGACAACACCGUGGUGCGCAUGGUCUCUAGUGGGAAACACAUAAAUCGCAUGACUUUUGAAUAUCAUCAUCUGGAACCCUACGAACUGGAAAACCCAAAUGGGAACAGUAUUUGGGAAUUCUGUUUAUCUAGACAUUGAGUAGCCAAUGUGAUGAUUUAAUGGUUCUUCCAUAUGGUUUUAGUGACUGGCUGGUUACAAGCCUUUCAUACGAGUCAGUAUUCCAGCCUUGAGCACACGCCUCACACAUGACUGCAUUAACUUUUGUACCUUGCCUCUUUUUCAUUUGUAAUAUAUAAAUGAUCACAGGGCAGAAAAUAAGCCUUCAUUUGGUAGAAGAACAGUUUUGAAUGGAAAUGUUUGCAAUUCUUUGGUGUGCCUCAAACCUGAACUAGUAAGACAAGCACAAAGCAAUGUGUGAUAAAAAAUUGUAGCUCAAGGGAAAACACCUCAAAGAAAAAUGGUGGCGCUCAUAUCAACUGUAUGACAGAAAAAAUUCAAUGUGUUGUGUAUAUCAAAGUAGUUGCAUCUGCUUAUUUUCUGUUUAUUUUUCUGUUUAUAACAGACAAUUGUUGUGUCUAUUAUUUAUUGAUU